AAAUUCACAUUGAAUACACUCCGAUUUCCGACCCGCUGCCCCCAAAUCAAGCAAUAUCAAUGGCGUAGAUUCCGGAGGAUCCAGAUUCGUCUCCGACAAUCCGAACCCUAAACCAGACUCUCUGAAAAUGAAGCGGAAGAAGUGGUCGGAGGCGGAGGAGAAAACCCUUCUGAACAAAUACUCCGAGCUUCUGAACUCCGGAGCUCUCUUCAAGCUGAAGACGAGGGAGAAGAAAUUCAAGCCCAUCGCCGACCACGUGAACUCGGCGCACCAUCUCCGCGACCCGCUUCUCUUCCCCUUCAAGUGGUCCUGGCGCGACGUCUCGAUCAAGGUCCAGAACAUGCGGCACCAGUACCUGGGCGUGAAGCAGAAGAUCCGGAACCCGGACAACAGCUUCAAUUGGGAGGACGGUGCGAACCACUGGGAGAAUUUCUUCAAGUACAAGGAAGUUUUUGGGGAUGUAGAUCUGGAGAUCAAGGGUUGCGGCUUCGAGGGCAGUGUGAAAUUCGGGGACGAAGGAGGGGGAAGGGUUGGGUUCGGGACUGAUAGCGAAGAAUCCGAAGAUGGAGACGAAGAAGAAGAAGACCAGGCAGAUAUGGGUGAUGGUGAUGGGAGGGGGAGAGAGAUGGUUGGCGAUUCUGGUUUUGGCCGGGAGAAGAAACAUAGGACCGGGAGAUCACAAAAGAGGUUAAGAAUUGUGGGCACUCAGGUAUUGGGUUUGAGGGAUGCGUUGUUGCAGAGGGAGGUGAAGAGGAGAGAAAGAGAUUGGAGCAAGGAGGAAGAGAUGAUGGAGAGGGAGGAUAAAAGGAGGGAGAAAGAGUUCCAAAUGGAAGCGCUUGUCGAGGAGAAGACGACCGAUGUCGAGAUGAAAGAACUGAGAUUGUUGGAGGACCAGAUGGUGUGGGCAAGGAAGGAAAUGGAGAAAAGAUUGAGACUCGAGAGGGAACUUGAAGAGGAGAGGGAGAGGAGGACGAAGGCAGAAGAGAAGCGCGAGGAGGAAGAAAUGGAGUGGAGGGAGCGUUUGAUUCGGAUGCAGAUGGAGCACGAGAAGCAGAUGGUGCAGAUGCACGCCGAUGCUCUCCAGAAUCAAAUGCAGAUUCUCGGGGCCAUGACUCGGCUCGUAUGUCAGUUCUUCGGAGUUGCAAAUGAUGGGUUGGGAGCGUUUCCCCAUCACGUCUUGCAGAAUUUGCAGCACUCGGGAGGAGGAGGCGAGGGAGGCGGCUUGGAGGACAAGGGGAAGGCCGGUUCUGCAGCUUCGCCUUCUGAGUUUUGUACACUGUGAUUAGAGCAAUACCCAAUUGUGAUUUACAACUAUAAUGUUCAUAGAGUUGAUAAUGAAUAAUUGGAUGUUAUUGAUCACAUCUUGAGAAAGGACAUUUUGAUUUUCCAGCUAUGGUGUGAAAAUGUUGGUUUUAUUCCAUGUACAUGUAUUUCCAUGGAUCCCCAACUUGUUCGUCUCAAAUGUUCUUAAUUUAGCACAUUCCCAGAUGAAAUGUUUUUAUUGUCUGAUUUGUCUCCUAAACAAAGGUCAGGUAAUCUU